CCACAAUGGACAAGAGAGAGAGAGCGACAGACAGAAAGAGCGUGUGUGUGUGUGUGUGUGUGCAUGCAUGUGUGCGGAGUUCACAAGUGACGCGGUUCCGCACCUCACCAGAACGGAGCGCUUUUCAGUUUGACUGCUUCCACCGUGCGCGCGCGCCACAAUUCUGCUCAUUAUAACCGGAGGACCGAAAAGAGUUUGUUAUAACAAAAAUACCUCGGGGGGAAAAUUUUGAACUGAUUUACGAGAACAGGAACUUUUUGUCACCAAGAUGCUGGAGAUCUUUUUAGUGAUGCUGUGUGGACUGACGAGCUGUGUGCUGACCAAAGAUGCAGACUCUAAAGGAAGGUUCAACUCUCCAGUGCUGGAUGUUACUGAGCGACAGAUCAUCCUAGAGGAGAACCAAGUCCUCCAGCUGAACUGCAGGGGGCGAUGGGAGCUAGAGUGGGUGUUCCCCUCGGGUGUGAGCAAGAGCCAUCCGAGUGCCCGUGUAGAAGAGACUCGUUGUGGCAAGCGCUCAAACCAGUAUUGCAGCCGCCUUAUCCUCAGCCCUGCCUUAGCCCAGCUUACAGGUUCCUACCGCUGUCGCUACUCCCACAAGCAGCACAAAAACACCUCCGUCUACGUUUUCAUCACAGAUAGCCAGCAGCCAUUUGUAAAGGUGCAGAAAGAGAUCCCAGACGUGGUCUACAUGAAAGAAGGACAAGACCUAGUGUUUCCCUGCAGGGUCACUAACCCUAACACCAACGUGUCAUUGGUCAAAUUUCCUGACCAAAUACUUGGCACUGAUCAGAAGACCAUCAUUUGGAAUAACAGAAAGGGCUUUGUUAUCCGAAGCCCCACAUACUUCUACAUUGGUCUGUUUUCCUGCGAAACCAUCAUCAAUGGGACAAAAUACAGCAACACAUUUUUGACUUACAGACCAGUGAAUAAGAUCCAAAAGGUAUAUCUAAACAGCACUGGCUUGGUACAGGCUCUAGAAGGAGAGAGGCUGGCCUUAAACUGCACUGUUACAGCUGAGUGGAACUCAAGAGUGAACAUCAACUGGAGUUAUCCUGGAAAGGGCAAUAAUAGAGCCUCAAUCAGUCGACGUAUAACUCGGAGCAUGACCAAUGUGGUGUUCUACAGUAUUCUCACCAUCCAUAAACUUCACAAGGAUGAUAAAGGUAUCUACAGGUGCCAUGUAACAAGUGGACCAGCAAAGCGGGAAGUCAACACCUCAGUUAUAGUUUAUGAUCAUUCCUUCAUCAAGUUAAAGCAUAGAGAUGGUCCACUGGUACAGGCAUAUGCAGGGCAGAAAUCCUUUCGCCUGUCCCCUAAAUUACGGGCAUUCCCUGAACCUGAAGUCAUUUGGCUGAAAGAUGGGGUGGUAGCAGCUGAGCAGUGUUCACGUUAUCAUGUAGACGGCUAUUCUCUGGUGAUUCGAGAUGUUGCUGAAGAGGAUGCAGGGGUCUAUACCAUCCUCACUCGAAUCCAGCAGUUUGGUCUUCAUCAGAACCUGACGCUCUCACUUGUGGUAAACGUUAAGCCUCUGAUUGGGGAGAAAGCUGUAGCGGUGCGUGACACAGCAACCGUGCCACGGUCCAGCAGGCAAGUCCUCCGCUGCACUGCUCAUGGGGUCCCACUGCCUCAGAUUCAAUGGCUCUGGCAUCGUUGCCCUUCUAAAGGCCUAUGCAAAGAGCAGGUUUCCUCGUCCUGGACCGCAGUGAGAGAGAAGACAGCAGGCACAUCCACCUACAAUCCCGUCCUGAGCGUCACAAACACACAGGAAGUGUUGCAGGGGAAAAAUAAGACUGUAGGUAUUUUAACAGUUGGCAAGGCCUUAAUAUCUGGCAUCUAUCGCUGCGUGGCUUCCAACUCAAUGGGCACAGAUGAACUGGACAUCCGCUUCUAUGUUACAGACAUCCGGGGAGGCUUCAGCAUCUCUGGGGAGUCAGUGGAGGGGCCAAGAGAGGGCAGAGAUUAUCACCUGUCCUGUGUAGCUAAUAAGCACCUGUAUUCCAACAUGUCCUGGCACAGAAUGUUAGGUAGCACAGCCAGUAACGUGGACGGCCCACCUCUGGUUGGAGAGCUGACGGAGGGAGAAUACUCGCUCACUUUGAGCUUGGCGCUGAUGAACCUGACAGCGCAAGACUCUGGGAUGUACCGCUGCUCUGUCACACAUCUGGUCACGGGGCAGCACUCCCAUCAGGAUGCACUUGUGGCAGUUGCAGUUCUGGAGGCUCCGGUGCUGCUGCAGAACCUCAGCGACUGCAGCGUGAACAUCAGCAACUCUGUGACUCUUCAGUGUAAUGCCAGUGGAGUGCCACGGCCUCUCGUCACGUGGUACAAGAACGGGAGGAAGCUCAAGCAGGUGUCUGGCAUCAUGCUGGCGCCGGAUGAUGGAACUCUUCACAUUGACCGCAUCACUGUUGAGGACGAGGGCAUGUAUACGUGUGAAGCCACCAAUGAGAGAGGAUCUGCAGAGAGCUCGGCUUACAUUUCAGUGGAAAAUUCGGAGUCUUUCUCUCUGGAGAUCCCCACAUUAGCCUGCACCUGUGUGGUGGCUACUCUCUUCUGGCUGCUCCUAACGCUUCUCAUUCGCAAGCUCAGACAGCCAAACUCAUCAAACAGUAAGACAGAAUACCUGCCAAUCAUCCUGCACCAAGGGGAGGGGCCUAUCGAUGAGCACUGUGAUAGGCUGCAGUAUGACGCUGAAAAGUGGGAGUUCCCACAGGAGCGUCUUCAGCUCGAAAAGCCACUUGGACGAGGAGCAUUUGGCAAAGUGAUGCAGGCGUCUGCCUUUGGCAUCGCAAACUCAAACGGCUGCACCACAGUGGCUGUGAAGAUGCUCAAAGAGGGCGCCACACCAAGUGAGCACAAGGCGCUAAUGACCGAGCUGAAAAUCCUCAACCAUAUUGGACAUCACCUGAAUGUAGUGAAUCUCCUGGGAGCCUGCACAAGACCAGGAGGGCCACUUAUGGUCAUAGUGGAAUACUGCAAGUACGGAAACCUGUCCUCAUACCUACGGAGCAAGAGAGAUGUGUUCAUGCUAAACAGGGUGACAGGAGAAGAGGAAAGCAGACGGCAGGACGAGUGUAAGAGCCGUGUGGAGAGUCAGAAAGUCAGCACUGAGUUAGAGGGUGAGAGAAGAGAGGAAAACGAGGAAGACAAAGGUUCUGUCUUGUGCUCGAACACUCCUUUACACCUAGAGGACCUGAUCUCAUACAGCUUUCAGGUGGCCAGAGGCAUGGAGUUCCUUGCCUCACGCAAGUGUAUACACAGAGACCUCGCUGCUCGGAACAUCCUUCUGUCUGAAAACAGCGUGGUGAAGAUCUGUGACUUUGGGCUGGCUCGAGACCUUUACAAAGAUCCUGAUUACGUGCGCAAGGGAGAUGCUCGCUUACCGCUGAAGUGGAUGUCUCCAGAAUCGAUCUUCGACAAGGUCUUCACCACUCAGAGUGAUGUGUGGUCUUUUGGUGUUCUGCUCUGGGAAAUCUUCUCACUCGGGGCUUCCCCGUAUCCAGGACUCAACAUUGACGAGGAGUUUUGCCACAGACUGAAACAGGGAACUCGGAUGCGUGCCCCAGAGUACGGCACCCCUGAACUCUACACCACCAUGCUGGAGUGCUGGGAGAGAAAUCCAUCAGACAGACCCAGCUUCAGCGAGCUAGUUGGAACACUGGGAGACCUUCUCCAGGCCCGUGUGCAACAGGAGGGGAAGGAUUACAUCCCAUUGAACACGUUAUUGUCAGGAGAGAGCAGUGGAUCUGAGCAUCUAGAUUACAGAGAUGUACACCAAGGAACCCCCAGUUACAUCAACACAAGAAUCGAUGCUAUUACGACAUUUGAAGAGGAUCUGAACAGAGAAGUCCAGGAUGAUUCCCAGUCUGACAGUGGCAUGGUUCUCCCAUCUGAAGAGUUCAUCCAGCUGAAAUGGACUGACAAGUUCAAGAGCAAGAAGAUAACCAGGUUCUUCAUGAAAAGCCAGCACCAGGAGAGAAUGUCCCCCACUUCAGCCCUCCGCUGUGUAAGCGGCGCCCCCUGUGGCCGGGGGGAAAAUGAUGACACCGGCGUCCCGUGUAGUACAUCUCCUCCUGAUUACAACACCGCUCUGCUCUGCCCUUCUCUUUAACACACUCCUUAAUUGACUAACUCUUCAAUUAGUGAGCGUAUAACUUGACAAAAAAAAGGUGACUCGAGGACUCGUUAGCUUUAAAUAAUUUAACAACUAUCCUAAUAUCUUCAUUUAGCCCAUUCAUCCUUAUAAAUAUUAUUAUUAUUCAUAAACACAUAAAUGUAAUUAGGAUUUUUAAAAUAUUCCUAUUAAAUAGCUCUUCUAAUUUAAAAAGAAACGGAUUAUGAAUUGUUAGAAGUUUCCAGAAAGGCUGGACAUCUUUGCUAAUUAAGUGUGCUUAAAUCUAAGUGUUUAAAUUCUAAAUCUUUUAUCUGAAACGUUUAUUUCAUUAAUAAUCAGUAAUAAUCAGUAAUAAUCAGUAUAUCACUAUUUUUUAAUCAGUUAUUUAACUGAAUCGAGAUUUCAAUUAUUUAAAAUACAGAUUACUAAAAUAAUUUUUUAAACAUUGAAAUAACACUUUUAAAAAUAUGAAUAUAUAAACAGUAACAUUGCUUUUUCUACAAAGAAAUCUGCACACAAAAUUAAACACCAACUUAUUUAAGCCUUUUAAAUAAUUUGCUUCCCUUUUAAAAUCAAUAUUCAUUUUAUUCCUCAUUUCACUUUGCCUUUUUGUUACAGUAUUUCCUAAUAUUUUACCAAAGAAAAAAAAAUACAAACCACCUUUAAAGCUCCAAGCAGGAACCAAACUGCUUCUGCAGCGAUUUCUUUACAUAUUUUUACACUUGAAUCUUCUCAAUAACCUUGCUUAAUUAAUCAAUGCUUUUUGGACUCCUCGUAACUCCUCGAUUUUUGUCCUCACAUGCCAACCUCAUGCUAAGUACAUUUGUAGUAGGAGAUUCUACAGUUUCAAAAAAGGAAGACACAAGGAAGUGUGAUUUAAAGGAACGAGAAUUCGAGAAGAGGAGAAAUAAAUUCAAAUUGUGAUUAAUUUUUCUGUUCACCGAGCAGCUAAAACCACUGAACUGUAGAGCAUCACAAUUUCACAAAUCUGUGUUGCCUGAACUAAUGCUGGAUGUCUACUGUACAACACGUUUAUUUAUUUACACUCAUUACCUUAGAUCUGCAUUUUUAAUACAGUAAGGAUUUAUGUAGAUGCUUUUUUUGUACACUGCCUUGCUGAAAGUAUUCACCCCAGUGCAACUUUUAUAAACCUUUUCUAUUUUAGAAAUAAAAUCCUGUCAGCUGUGAAUAAGAUUUUAGUUAAUGGGGAAACAGUCACGUUUAAGUCACAUUGCACGACGAGAAAUUAAACAGAGGCCGUGUCUCGGUCAGCGCCCCUAUUUCGUGUACACAGGUUCAGACACUGUAUAUUUUUUCUGUGAGAGGCUUCAGAAAACAUGACAUCAUUUACACUACAGGAACAUAGUGAGCGUCACUGCACCCUUGGCACAUUGUGUUAUUGGAAGGAUUUUGCAAUUUAGACAGCCUUUUCAGUGUUGAUUGAGACACAACCCAAUCACAUGAUCUCAAAACAAGUCCACGGUUUUCUUGAAGGCCUCAGAGACUGUUAAAGACUAUGCGUAAUUCAUGAAGGCCAAGGAGCAAAACUCACCAUGAUGCUACCAGCACCAUGCUUCAACACUGUUGUCUAAGCUUGGUGAUAAGCGAGGGUUGGGUUUUUAUAAGCUCAACAAAGUCAGCUUCAGUUCCAAGUUAAAAACACUAAAAAAAAAUGUGGAGAGAAGUUCAAGGGUUGUGAAUACUCAGAACACUAUGCAUAUUUUAUAAAUUAAAUACACUGAAAAACACAACUAUAAUUUUUUUCCCCCACACACUAUGUAUAGGCUCGUAAAACAAUCUAACUUGUGUAUGGUAUGUACUGAUGGGAUCAACUGGAGAGUAGAUGAAUAGUAUCUGCUACUAAAAUCAGCAGUAUACAGUAAGUCACAUGACCAACAAAUACAGUGAAUAACUUUGUAAAGUUUUGUAUUCUUUAUUAAAAUACUGUUGUACACACAAAUAUUGCAAAAUGUGAGACAAUGAAACACAAUAGGGCAUUAAAAGUACUAAGAUCUUU